CCAAAUUGCAAAGCAGAAUGGGUGUCAACUCCUCGUCGCGGCAGGAUGUGAGUCUGCUCUCGGAUGAAGACGUUAACUUUGACCACUUUCAAAUUCUGAGGAACAUCGGAAAAGGGAGCUUCGGAAAGGUGUGCAUCGUUCAGAAGCGCGACAAUGGCAAUCUCUUCGCCAUGAAGUACGUCAGCCGCAGUGCCUGCAUCGGUCGGGGGGCCCUCGGAGGGGUCCUCAAGGAAGUCGAUCUGCUGGCCACACUGGAACAUCCCUUCCUGGUGAACCUUUGGUUUUCGUUUCAAGACGAGGAGGACUUGUUUAUGGUUUGUGACCUGCUGGCCGGAGGCGAUUUGCGGUAUCACUUAAACCAUCAGGUGGAAUUUUCGGAAGCCAGCGUUGCCUUACUGGUGUGUGAAAUCGGCUCCGCACUGGACUACUUGCAGAAGCACCGAGUAGUGCAUAGGGACAUCAAGCCCGACAACAUACUGCUGGACGAGGAAGGACACGCACAUCUGACCGACUUUAACAUCGCAACCCGGCUGCCACCGGAUGGGUUGGCCUGCAGCAUGUCUGGCACCAAGCCGUACAUGGCCCCGGAGGUUUUCAUGUGUGCCUUAGAGGAGAUCGCCGGUUACAGCUACCCGGUCGACUGGUGGUCACUGGGCAUCGUCGCCUACGAGAUGCGUUCCGGGGUGCGGCCAUUCGUGAUCCACUCGGCGACGCCGCUGGUCGAGGUGAAGAACGUCCUCAUCGCCCAUCCGCUCUUCCCCCGCAACUGGAGCGACAAUUUCAUCGAUCUACUCGCCAAGCUCCUCAACGUCCACCCGGGUGCCCGCAUCAGCAGCCAGCGGGAGCUGCAGCAAACCAAGCUCCUCCGGGGAACCAACUUUGAGCGGGUCCUAUCCAAGCAAACGAAUCCCCUCUUCAAGCCGUCGAAAGAUCACCUCAACUGCGAUCCCAGCUUGGAGCUGGAGGAGAUGAUCAUCGAGACGAAACCGCUGCACAAGAAGAAGAAGCGGCUGGCCAAGCAACGGUCAAUCAACCGCGACGGUCAGAAUCCGAACCAGGACCAGCUGAGCCCGUUGGACAGUCAGCUGUUGAAGGAGUUUCUGGUGUACAACCGGUUCAAGGAGCAGAAACGGAAAGCCAUGGAGAAGAAGGAAACCGAAUGGCAGCAGGAGCUGGAUCAGGCAAUGGCCAGUUCGGAAGUGGAGGGAACGCCGGUUGCCAAGUCGGAAUCGGUUGGGACGCGGCUGGCUACGAUUAGCGAGGGAACGGCGAUGGCGACGGUGACGGAGCAUGGAGAAAACGGAGCCUGUCAGGGGGUCAAAGAGAACACCAACGGAAGCAGUGAUGCAAAAAGUGAACCAGCAAAGCAGGCGGAUAGUUUGGAUUACAUUGACAGAACGCCAUCGCCGAAGCCGAGCAUCUAGUAGUAGUGGUGUGAGCUUCGUUGCUUACCGGUGGUGUUUGUGUUCUGGUCGUUCGUGUAUGUAUUAGUCGGGAGGAGCUUUUGACGGCUUUGAUUGUAUUGUGAUAAACCGAAUGUGUAUCUCGUCUUUAGGUUUUGGAUUUUUGCAUAGUUUAUUCAAUGUGUUACCGGAAGAUGUCGUUCGGA